GCUGGGCUUUGUUGUGAAGUCCGUCCCUACUCCCUACUCCACCAAUCCAUAUCAAUCACAAUAAUAUUAGUUAUCAUUGUCAUAUUAUCAAGCACAAGCAGAAUAUUGAUUACUAUCGAGAUCGGUAUUGCGCAAUAUUUAGUUGUUGAUGAGAGGUAGUGAUUUGCAGUGAAGUGACAGUGUUCUGUACAGUUCUUGCUUAGAAUCAUCAUUAUCUAUCUGCAAAAAUUGGUUUGAGCUCAAUUGCACAAUGAGUUUGAGAGUUGUGCUAAGGAUUUUGCAUCGGCGUUCCAGAUGACUUGUAUCAUAUUGGAGAUUUUGUCACUCAAUUGUCUGCCCUUGUCAAUUUUGGGCUGGAAGGCUUCUAUAAAAAAAUUUUAGCCAAGUUCCACUUUGAUGACCAGAACCCAGAGUUCACUUUCUACUUUGAAGAUGAAGAUUCAGACAUGGUACCAAUUGAGAGUGAAGAAGAAUAUAAAGCGUUCUUAAUGUUCUUAUCGAAUGGAAAAGGCAAAGUAAGAAUCUUAUUGGGGAAUAAAAUGGAAGAAAAGUCAUCGCAAACAGAUGUUGUAGCUGCUAGCGGGACUCCUAACAAAUCAAUGAAGUCGAGCGAGGAUGAGAUGGCAGCCCUGCUUGAUGAAUUCUCUGCUAUGACACUGCCGGCUCCAAUUCAACCAGUAAAGCUUCAUACUGUCCCUUCAAGCAGCGAAAAAUUGGAAACUAUGAGCAAGACAAAGAAGAAGGCUGUGAAAUCUAAACCGUGUGAAGUAACGAGCACAGCAACAGAACCCAGAAGAGCGUCGGCUCGCUUUGUAGCUGAGGUGGAAAGCAAUUUCAAUGACGCCAUAUUGAAAAAAAUUGAGGAAAAUUACAAUCGGCCUGUAAACGCCAAACCGAAAAAAGACAAAGCUCCUGAAUGGUUGAAGCAGUACUUAGCCGAGUUCAGAGAGAAUCUGAUGGAAGAAGUCAACGGAAUCGUUCAGAAAAAUGGCGGUGAAAAUAAUGCUGAAGCCAAAGCCAAUGAGUCGCCAGAAAAAGAGGAAGUGGAAGACGAGGAAAGCUUUGAGGAAGUAGUUGUUCCUGAAACUACUGUGAAACAUCAAAAGUGCGGUGAAAACAGUUUGUUGCAAAAGCUGGCGGAUAUAGAGCAACGCGAGAGUGAUGCGCACAGCCGAGUGAUAAAAAUCAAAAUGAAGAAGUUGAAACUGGUGGAGAAGGUGAACAACAAGUGGGCGUUGAUGGCGCGGAAAGAUGGAGUUAAGCUGCUGAAGCCAUUAUACGUGAGAGAGCCGAAUGCGAUGAUGGAUGUGGAGGGCCUGGGUGAGGAAAGGCCGAUCCGCCUCAAACCCGGCCAAUGUUUCGUCAAAGAGUGGCGUUUCAAGAACGUCGGUCAGCUCGCCUGGAACGAUAAUACGGUAUUCAGCGUUGUCUUCAUUGAUUAUGAAUUGGAUCCCAGAGAGUUGGUCAUACCUUAUCCUCAUCUUAAACCUCAGCAAGAGGGGUCGGUCUCUGUUAACUUCUCGGGAAUCUCCAGAGCUGGGGUCUACCAAUCAAUGUGGUCGUUCUUUGACAAGGAGGAAAGAUUUGGACCAAUGUUCGUCUGUGAUGUUAUUGUUGAGCCAAUUUUUGAGGGAAAUCGAACUAUCCUUGAAAAACGCCUGCAGGAUAUCGUCAAGCAGAAGCAGCAGCAGCAGCAGCAGCAGCAGCCAAGCAAUGUCGCUCUCUCUGACUCGGACAGUGACAACGAAGACAACGAUAAUGACAGUAUUGCCAUCAUUGACGAGGAGAAGAACACUGACGACGACGAUGCUGGCUUUGUUGUCGUUCCAAUGCCACCUUGCUUCUUCCCUGACAAGCCUCAGGACUCGACUGUUAAUGUUGUCGUGAAAACUGGCAAAAAAUCUGAUGUAUCUCCAGUUAAUGAGAAAGCUCAAGCAGAUGGAGGAAUAAAGGAAUUGGUCGGAGAACCCGAAAAUAAAAUGCAUUUGAACAAAAUUUCGAGUGAAAAAUGUAGCCCAGAAGCACAGAGAACGAAUGGCGAUGCUGCUAAUGUGGCUGGUGCAGCUGGAUAUUCUCAGGCAAAACACAUUGAUACUUCUCUACUGGAAAGACCAAUUGCCAAUGCGAAUCCAGUGCAGGAAGGGGAGACAUCACCAGAGUCUGACAAGAAGAUGAAGAUGAAUAUGGGGAAGGGUGAUUCAAAAGAGAAUGGCACCUCUGUGGAUUGGCAUCAAUUAUCAGGCUUAGAUUUUGACACAUUGAUGCGGUUCCAUGAAAUGAAGGUCAUCAAGUUGUUUCAAGAACAGAGGGAUGCAGAGGGUUGGGAGAAGUUCAAGGAACUGAAGUUAAUGAAGAUGUAUGAGGAGGCAAGUAGACCACCUCCUCCUAGCCAGUACCAAAUGGUACCCGAAAUGGCAGGACAUAACUUUGGUCUGCCUCAGCAUUCAUUCAAUCCAGUGCAGGCAAGAUACCCUGUGCCCCCUAUGCCAUUCCAGGCAGGGUUCGUCAACCCUCCCAUCAUCCCCCGUAACAUUGUUGUCCCUCCUCCCCCUGCAGUCAUGUUUCCGCCUCCUCCUCCCCCUCCUCUACCCUCUGCAAUUCCUCUAGACUUGGCAAAUUCCAUCUAUUUACAACCAAGUCCCUAUGGCCAGCCAUUGUCUGAGGAAGAGUCAAGGAAUCUGGAGCUGGCUCAGAACAUGUCAGCCAAGUUUGGAAAGUACUACACCAUGAAAGGUGCUGCAGUUCCUCAUUGCUGCUUCCAAGGACCUUGCUACAAAAAGCCUCCCUGCAUGACCCCCAAAAACGUCAGUAUGAAGGCAGCAGUUGAUGCUGCUAGUGCUGCUGAAGCAGAGGCCAGACGUCUCUUAAUGAGCAUCCAUGAACCCAAUGUAGGCGGCAAGGUGAAGCCCAAAGCUGGUUCAUUGUCGCAGAUGUUGGUUGAUAAGAAACUUGGUGCUAAGCCAAAAUUGGCUAAGAAAUCAGCUGUGGAAACCACUGGAAAAAUUGAGAUCAAUAAGGUGAAGCGUGUUGUUCCAGUCUGCAAAGUGAAGGGUCCAAUUGUUGGUCCUCCUGCCUGUGCCAUCAAGAAACCAGUUGUUGGUCCUACUGCCAGUGCAAUCAAGGAACCAGUUGUUGGUCUUCCUGCCUGUGCAAUGAAGGAACCAGUUGUUGGUGCUGUGGGAUGUGAAAUGAAAGAACAAGUUGCACCACCAUUGGAGGAGAAGAAGAGUGAAGUGAAGGAUGCUGAGUCGAGUGGAGGGGCUGAACCUUCAGCAGUGGAGCAGGUGGCGGCAGAGUUUCUGCUGACCAAUCAGCUGCCUGAGAAUCAGCCAUGCGUUGACAUUCUGCCAGAGGCGCUGGUGAAUGGUGUGAUCUCAGCUGUCAACACGGCCAGCUCUGCUUGUGCUUCGGCACUGAAUACACUCUCACAUACCAGGAAGCAGGUGGCCCUGCAAACUGACAAGUUG